CCGGCGCAAGUAAUGAGCGAGUGAGUAAGUGAGCAUUGGGGGCUCUACAAAACCAUAGCGUGCCCAGCGGAGCCAGAAAAAAAGAAAUGAGUGCUUCUACUGAAGUGCAACUGGUGCUGGUCACAUAGACAAAGACGCGCUAUCCGAGCACAGAGCAAAACGGUUGCGAACAACGGACACAGAGAUAGCACACAACUGUGACUACGGGAAAAUGAAGAUCGUGAUCAGUUGGUCUCUGUUUGCUGUCUAUUAAUGCCAUCGGUGAUUUGCUCUCAUCGCCAGAGAUGUUGUGACAGGCUGAGCAAGCAAACGGGCAGCUCUACGAUGACAAGCGGAUAAAUAGUUCCAGUAAUGCCGUGCAGCUAGCAAGGAAUAAGAGAAUGUACGCCAUGCUCAGUUCGAAAUUGCACUAAGGCUUUCAUUUCCAUCCCAAUUAGAUAGCCGCCACAAGCCGUCUCUCGCCAUAUCUCCUUCGCAUCAACGUAUUACACUGACAAGAGUCUUGAAUUGAUCAAUUCAAUUGUUUCUAAGGAAAUUGGACAAAGCGAAAAAGACUGCAAGAACUCUGUAAGUGUAAAAUGCUUGUUUCGGCCGUUGCGUGUACUACGGACACGAGGACCAUGACGGAUUGAUAAGAACUCGAUGGAUGAAUGAUCUCAUAGAAAAUUAUCUAUUAUUCAAGUAAUUUGCAUUUUUAGCAACUUAUGAGGAUGUAUCACAACGGUGCGGUGCAAGCCGUUGGCUUGAGCGUACUGACUGGCCUGCUUCGCGCGAAUAUCAUGGCUCCAGAAAACAAUCCGUUUAUGUCAGAAACGAACGCAAUGGAUUACAAUAUAUGGCGUGAAGAGAGAAUUAGCAAUGGUACGUUGCGCCGCAAAGAGCGAAGACAAAAUGCCAUAUAUGCGAAGGACGCUGGUGGUUACUGAUACGCGCUUUUGUUUGCUAUUGCUGGUCAAAUGUUGUUAUGGCUUAACAGCUGUACUUGCAAAAAUACGGAUACAUGGCUUCGAUGAGUUCAGGAAUGGACAACCGAUCCGUUGCGGCUCUCAUCGAUGGACGGGCCGUUCGAAGGGCCAUCGAAAACUUCCAGAGAAUGGCCGGAAUAAACGUUACUGGUGAACUGGAUCAAGAAACAGCCAACAUGAUGAGUACACCGCGGUGUGGUGUUAAGGACAUGGUCGGCAAUGGCCUGCGAGCCAAACGCUAUGUGUUACAGGGUUCCAAAUGGGUCAAUAGCGAUCUCACAUACCGCAUUUCAAAGUAUCCGACACGAAUUCGAGAUAAGGUAAAAGUUGACGCUGAAGUGGCAAAAGCGUUUAAAGUCUGGAGCGACUAUACUCCACUGACGUUCACACAUAAACGAUCAGGGAGCGUUCAUAUCGAUAUUCAAUUCGUAAAAGGGGAACAUGGCGACGGAGAUCCAUUUCAGGGAGCAGGAGGAACUCUCGCACACGCCUUCUUCCCGCGAUACGGAGGCGAUGUUCACUUCGAUGAUGCGGAAAAGUGGACAAUUAAUGAAUACGGAGGAAUAAAUCUCUUUCAGGUAGCAGCCCAUGAAUUUGGUCACUCCCUUGGACUUUCUCACAGCGACAUCCGUAGAGCACUCAUGGCUCCCUUCUAUCGUGGCUAUGAUCCUAAUUUCAAGCUUGAUAAGGAUGACAUUGAAGGUAUUCAGUCGCUCUACGGGCCAAAGAAGUCUUCGUCUGCAGGCAAAACACCAACACAAUCAAAAACGCGACGACCCACAACUGCCCGACCUGCAUCAGGCGGCCCAGACGUGUGUCUUGAUGCCCGAGUUGACGCAAUAACACGCACAGAAGAUAAAUCGACGUACGUAUUUAGGGGCGAGUGGUAUUGGAAACUUGAACCUGAAGGUAUCGCUUCAGGUUAUCCACGGCGAAUUCAUGAUGAUUGGCCUGGAUUACCAAACAACAUCGAUGCCGCCCUUACGUGGUCGGACGGAAAAACCUUUUUCUUCAAAGGCGGACUAUACUGGAGAUUCAAAAACAAAAUCGUUUCUGCCGGCUAUCCGCAGAAGGUCUCCGUCGGCUUUUCGGGCAUCCCGAAUGACAUUGACGCCGCAUUUGUAUGGAGUGGCAACGGCAAAACUUACUUCUUCAAGGGCGACCAGUACUGGCGAUAUGAUUCCCGUGCCAAAAUACCUGUUAGCAGCAGGUACCCCCAGGAAAUUUCCACCGUAUGGGAAGGCAUUCCGUCUAACAUUAAUGCAGCGUUCCAGUGGCAGAAUGGCUACACGUACUUCUUCAAGGGACAGAGCUAUUACAGAUUCAAUGAUAAGGACUUUACUGUUGACAGCGGUUCUCCGGCGUAUCCCCGCAGCAUCGCUGAAUGGUGGUUCGAUUGUAAAGAGCUCAACCGGGCCUACCUGACACUUGCCAAUGGCACAGCUUUAGGACAUCUCGGAGAAAAGAGUCGUAGAGACGUCGAGGAAGUAUCAGACGAAGAGAACCGCGUCGUCGAUAUCCGGUCGCGACUUGUGAACGAGGAAGCACUCCGAGCCGUCCGAGGCGCUGAGGCGGAGCAUCAGCAUGAAGAUAACCAGCAUUAUCAACGCCAGCAUCACGAAGUGCAGCAUUCAGAUCUGUACGGUAAUUCCACCUGCAGGCCUACCACUUUGUCUCUAACGUCUAUUAGCCUAUUUGUAUUAGCGAGCCAGCUGCUGUUGCUCGACCGAAGGCGUCAUUUUUCACUAUGAUCGGUAUUUAGUCAUAUACAUACACUCGAAACGUACAAACGCUCUAAUUAGGUGCGUCAAGUAUAUAGAGCCUGGAGGAUUUUGAGCGCUCGACGCGAGAGCUGGAUUGAUGUGGACAAAUCGGCUUGGAAGGGAGGAUUUUGGACAACAAUGUCACCAGACCGUGGAAGGGUCGUUAAUGCGCUAGUGGAACGGACAUUUAAUCGCAGUAUCAAACUUUAUCUGGUACGGAAGAGACGCUCUAUAAGAAGAUUGGGAUGAUGAUGAUGAUCGGGAGAUUACUGAAGUACAAGUAUUUCUCGACGACGCUAAUUGCAAAAUUCCCUAUCAAUCCCGAAAAUCUUUAAAAAAAAAGGCACACAAUCCAUCAAAAAACACCGUCAUGCGUCUACUACUUGAGGUCGUUUCCAUAUUUUUAUUUCGGGAUAACUCAACUGAUCGAAGCAUGUCUUCGACAAGACCAGUGUCUUCCUAGCCUUUCCUAUUAAAGAAAGGAUCAUCUGAUGGUAUUUGGCAACCUGCAAUCCACUGUUGUACGUUUUGCGGUGAGUAGGGUAGCAAACUUAUCAGCAUGCCUCCUCUAUCUGCCAGUACAUAAUAUGACUUUGGCAUUCCUUAAGCCUGGUAGAUUAAAUUUUGUCUACGUAUAGUGGACAAGUAAACCGGUAAAGCUUGAGAUGACCCCUAAAAUAGGAUAUAAGGUAAAUACGUGCGUAUGGUUGCAACAAUGCGCAGUGUAUAAAUCACGAUAAGCCCGUAAAUGGGUCUAUUGACACUCUUCUAAUGGCGGUGGUGUAAACAAGUGAGAAAAUGAAAACCUAUUUAAUUUAUUUACAUUUACAGUUUAAAAGAAAGAUUAAUACUAUUUAAUAUAAAAACAAAUGGUGGAUGCACAGAAGAGCUAUGAAUAAAAUGGUUGUAUGUAUACAAAUAAUA